AUAACUUACCAUCUUCCUCAUAAUUUAUCUUUCUUUCUUUCUUUGCCAUUUUCUUGUUGCAUUUAGUACGCCAUUGAGAUAUGGAUGAGCAUCAAGGUGAUGACAACUCUGGCAUGCCACCACCCGAGGGUACCCGACGUGGUGGCAUGGGUAAACGUGUUGCACCCCCUUUCUCAUCAGCUACUAGUGCACCGUGUGGAGCAUGCAAGUUCUUGCGGAGGAAAUGCAUCAGUGGUUGUAUAUUUGCGCCUUACUUUGGAUCAGAUCAAGGUGCAGCUCGCUUUGCUGCUGUACACAAGGUUUUUGGCGCUAGUAAUGUUUCCAAGCUGUUAUUGCAUAUACCUUUGAAUCAGCGACAUGAUGCAGUCAUUACCAUAUCAUAUGAAGCUCAAGCAAGGUUAUCUGAUCCAAUAUAUGGAUGUGUUUCUACCAUACUUGCUUUGCAACAACAGGUGGCAUCGUUGCAAGCGGAACUCUCCAUGGUGCAGUCACAGCUUCUCAGUAGUAGGCUGGCAGUUGCAAAUGCACUUCAAAGUUCUCAGCAACAACAGCAGGUUGCAGUGUUGCAGCCAGCCUAUUCGAACAACUCAUCUUCCUCCAACAACCUAGUUAACUUGACUAGUACCUUCCCAUCAAACUUCGAUCUCACUGGUGAAACAGUUCCCUCAGGGAGUUUGAUCAACAAGACAUUCCAGCAGUCUGUGCCGCCAAUUCAAGAUGAGGAGGAGGAUGAAGAAGAGAGCAGGCAUCCUGUCAUUUUCACAAACCAGAUACUAAACAGGAAGUAGAUAAGAGCAAGUUAUGUUAUCUAUUAGUUUG